AUGUAUAAGGAACGCUAUGUUGCUUUAUUCGAAGACACUUACAGUAAAAAUGAUAAAGUCAUUAAAUAAACUUUAAAGACCAUGGUCUAAGAGUUUUUUAAGCCUUUCAAACCGGAUAGCCCAUACAAAUUGAGUUGGGAUUUAGUAGGAAUGCUUUUCAUUUUUGUGUAAAUGAUUACUAUUCCUUUGGUCAUAACCUUUUCCAUAGAAUUAGAUCUCUUUUACGAUAUUUGUAAUCAAAUAAUGGACUAUUACUUUUUGGUAGAUAUCAUCGUUUCCUUUCAUACAAGCUAUUAUCAUAAAGGAAAUUUAAUUACUUCUCACAAAAAAGUAUUUUGGAACUACUUUUCAUCUUGGUUCUGGCUAGAUCUGAUUUCAUCCUUUCCAUAUGAUAUGAUUAUAGAAUUAACUCUAAAAUCAAAUUCAGCGGAAUCAUUACAAAGAAAUUCAUAAAUUUUAAAAAUAGUUCGAGUUGUUCGUUUUAUAAAAAUACUUCGUUUAUUCAGGGCUUUAAAGUUAAAGAAAUACAUAAAUCAAUUGGAAGAUCAGUUGAUGAUGGCAAAAUCAGUCAUUUCUUUCUUUGCUUUUCUAAAGAUUUGCAUAAUUAUAUUGUGCUUAGCUCAUUGGCUUGCCUGCAUAUGGAAUUUACUUAGGAUAAUCGAGGGAGCCGAUUCAAAUUGGUAUACUAGAUAUUAGAAGUACCAACUGGAAAAUUACAUUAUCUAUUAGGAUACAAACUAUUGGGUAUCACAAUACUUGGUAGCCAUAUACUUUUCGAUAACCACCAUGAUUACAAUAGGAUAUGGAGAUAUCUAUCCGAUAACAACAAUAGAACAAUCUUUUGGUGUUAUUGUUAUGAUAUUCUCUUCAGGUCUUUUUGGCUAUAUUAUGAAUUCCAUAGUUUUACUGUUCGAAAAUUAAGAAGAAAAUGUAGUCGAGAUAUUAGAAAAACAAGAUAAAAUAAUGUUAUAUUUGAAAUAAAAGAGAGUGAAUAAAUAAUUAAUAGCUAGGAUCAAAAACUACAUAGAAUGGCUGCAAUAGCAAGAACAAAUUUAACAUAGUUAUGAAUAAUAAGUACUUUAAAAUCUAUCAGAAAAUCUAAGGAGAGAAAUUUUAGAAAUAAUCCAUUAGAAAAUAACCUAAUCUUGUUUACUCUUUUCCCAAAACUUUUCCUCAUAGUUAUUGUAGAAAUUGAUCUAUUACUUCAAAGAACAAACCUUCAGUCCUGAAGACAUUAUUUUACAAUAAGGAGAUGUUGAAAAUAAGCAAAUCUACUAUAUAUUAAAUGGUAGUGUGAAAAUUGAAAAUAUUUAAUAUGAGUUGAAAAAGAAAGAUUAUUUUGGGGAGAUUGGUUUUAUUGCAAAUGUUCCAAGAUCCUCUACUAUAAUUGCAACUAAUUUCAUAAAUCUAUUGACAUUGUGUCGCAGCAGAUUCCUUCAGUUAUUAUCUCCUGAAGAUAUGGAGAAAUAUUUUGAAAUCAAAUUCUAAAUUGAAAUAGAACAAGACAUUAGUGCCCUAAAACUAACAUGUUACUUGUGUUAAGAAAGCAAUCACAUAGCAAUUUAUUGUCCUUAUACACAUCUAAUUAUCUCGAAGUAUGAUAGAAUUAAUGUCAUCCAAAAAUUUCAAAACAAGUUCAAAAAGAAUAGAAAGCAUAGAUAAAAACAAAAAACCCUUUUAUUAUUUAUAAAUGACAAAUAUCUAAGGGCUUAAAAUAGAAUUGAAAAAGAAAUGUUAAACAUAGAAUACUUUUUAAAUAAAAAGAAAUAGUUGACUAAAUUUAAGUUAGCAUAAAAAGUAUUAAGAGAUAAGUAGGUUAAAGAUUCUUUUGUAAGUGAAUCUAUGAAGGAAUACAUUAGAUUCAUUCCAAAAUGUAAUCUUGGUACUAUAAUAUCGAUUGUUAAUACAAAAGCAGAAUUUAAUUAAAAAAUAAUUGAAGAUAAGAGAGAGGAGGAAAGAAAGAAAAGAACGAAGGAGAGUGCUGAGAGAUUCCUUAGGAUGUUGUAGAUUAAGAAACAAAAUUAGAUCAAAUACAAUACUUAAAAGUAAAAAAAAAGUAGAUUAUCCAUUGAUAAUAUUCUGAAAUUUGCUUAGAGAGAUUUAGCUAGAAAACCUUCAGCAGGGGAGGAGAACAGAAGGAGACUCUUAAAUGUGCAAGAUAAAAGAUAGAAAAAUUAAAAGAGCUUCAAUUCUUUUGAAUCGGGAGGUAAAAUAUUAUUGACUUUUCCUGCAAUUCCUGAUGAUGCUUUUGAAAGUCCUGCUUAGGAAUUGAAAUAUUUUCGAAAAACCUUAAAAAGUUCUCAUGCUUCUACAAAUGUAAGUAUAAUUGAGGAACAAUAUCCUGAUGUGUAUUAAACUAUUCCUAAAAGAUGCUCUAGCCAAGAAAAUCAUGUUCCUAAAGCUUCUUAAUUUUAUUCUACUACUUGUCUAGAAAAUAUGAUUUAUAUAGUAAUCAACCAUAAAUUAUAAAGUUAAAAAUGAGUGUGUAAUUAAACUUGUGUAUCUGUAUAUGUGAAACUUAUAUAUAUAUAUUUAUAUGUAUUUUAUCAA